AUGAAUAUAAACUUGUUCCCUGAUUAUUUAUCAAAAAGAAAAAAAGCAAUAUACCAGAAGUAAGUGCUUAGAUAAUACAAAUAACCCGGGUGUGAUUUUAGCUGCAAAAGAACAUUUUAUUUAAAACACUCAUUAUGUAAUAUAUGAUAAAUUACUUACUGGAUUUUUUUAAAAAAAAAACAACGCUUACGAAGAAUUAAAAGAAAAAUUGGUUUUCUCUUUAGAAAUGUGGAUAGAUCAGAUAUAGAAAAAUGUUCAAAAAAUAUACUGGAAACUUAUUCUGAUGCUUUAGAUUCUGAUAAUUUUGAAAGUAAAUUAAUACAGUUUCAAGAGUUCAGAAAAUUAUUUCUCGACACUAAGCAGGAUCCUGGUUAUUAUUUGAAAUAUAUUCGAAGUAUGAAUAUUCGCCAUACAAUUCCUAACGUAAACACUAUAUUACAAAUAUACUUGUCAAUGCCACGCUUGAAUUGUAGUAGUGAACGUUAA